AUGGCUACCUACCUCCAGGUGAUCUGCGAAAAGGUUGAAAAGUCAGAUAUCGCGACCAUCGACAAGAAGAAGUACCUGGUGCCUGCAGACCUCACCGUUGGCCAGUUCGUCUACGUCAUCCGCAAGCGUAUCAAGCUGUCUCCCGAAAAAGCCAUAUUCAUCUUCGUUGAUGAGGUAUUACCCCCAACGGCUGCUCUGAUGAGCAGCAUCUACGAAGAGCACAAGGAUGAAGACGGUUUCCUAUACAUCACAUACUCCGGCGAGAACACAUUCGGAGACUGCUAA